AUGCCCGGUACCGUGAAAAGCCUCAAAGUUACUUAUGAUCCUCCUAAUGAGAGCGACACUUUCAGGGUGGGCGACUGGGUCACUGGUCGCGUCACUCUGGAAGUGGCUAAAGAAUGCGAGAUUAGUAGUUUACGGGUGAAAUUUAAGGGAAAAGCCCAUGUACUGUGGACCGAGAGGUACGGCCAAACCACGGUUGUUUACCAAGACAAGGACAAGUACUUCAGUAUGAAAAAUUACUUCAUUCGAGAGGAUAAAAGCGAAGAAUGUGAUGAAGAAGAAGUGAUUCUGUCGAGCCAGAAUGGAGAAACAUACAGCAGUGUUGUCGCCCCUGGCUGCCAUUCUUACCCAUUCACCUUCCAGUUCCCUCUACAGAACAUGCCGUCCUCCUUUAAAGGGUCUGUUGGUAAAAUUGUGUAUCUGUUGGAAGCCAAGCUGAGCAGAUCGAUGAGGAUUCCCACCAAAGAUACGGCCAAGCUCAAAUUUGUAACAAACGAAGAUUGCACCAGUAAUCCCGAGCUGAGGAUACCACAGCACGAGUCAAAGGACAAGAAGAUGAAGUUAUUCAAUUCAGGAACUGUAGCCAUGGAUGUCGAUAUUGAAAAAACAGGCUUCUUCCAAGGAGAAGGAUUAAAAGUUGUCGCUCACAUCCAGAACAAUUCCACUCGUCCAAUCAAGCCCAAGUUCUGUUUGUACAAAAAGCACAGCUUCUUUGCGGGGGAAAGGAGAAGACUCAACACUGACGACUUCUUGAAAGAGGUGGGAGAACCCAUCCCCCCUUCUUCCAAGGAAACGGUAACAAGGAUCAUCACCAUUCCUCAUGAUGUGGAGCCCUCCAUCCACAACUGCAGAAUCAUCAAAUCAGAGCACAGGCUCAGGGUCUAUCUUGACGUCAAAUAUGCUUCGGACCCCGAGAUCAAAUUUCCCAUCGUAAUUCUUGCGGCGUCCGAGGUUCCUGCUGUGGCACCUCCAGCUGCCGCUGCCACCGCUGCCUUUGCACCUGGAUUUGCGCCUGGAUUCCAGAAUGUUUCCUAUGGAAAUCCAGGUCCAGCAGCCUGGGGCUUUGCACCACCAGCAGCAGCAGCACCUAUACCAUGUGAACCCCCUCCUCCCUACGGAGCACAUGGGAUGUACCCUCCGUUGACAGAUUUUGGUAAUAAAUUUUAUUUCCACUGCGUGUAUCUUGGGAGGAGGACGAUGACCAUCCAAGACUUGUCGAUUGAGUACGACGCUGUCAACAGCAAGAACACCUUCACGAAUGGAGACACCAUCAACGGAAGAGUGGUUCUGCAGGUUUCCAAAGAAACCAAAAUCCAGUCACUCGUUUUUGUGGGGAAAGGAAAAGCUCGAGUCGUCUGGCACGAACAUCACGGGCAAAAUCAACACCGUGUUUUCUGGGCGAAUGAGAGCUAUUACGAGGUGAAACAUCACAUGAUAAGAGAAGCGAGACAAGAUGGUACUGAAGUGAUCACUAAAGGAAGACAUGUGUUUCCCUUUUCCUUCAAGAUCCCAGACGGAAAUAUGCCUUCAAGUUUCAAAUCCAGCAUCGGUAAAGUGGUGCAUAAACUGAGGGCCGAGCUCAGGCAGUCGAUGAAACUGACAAAGAAGUCCCACGUCCACUUCACGUUCAUCUCCAAAGCAGACAUGAAUAUGCCGGGACUCAUGGAGCCGCAGUCUGGCUGCAAGGAUAAGUCUCUCCUUUUUGGAUCUGGGAAUGUUUCAGUUGAUGUUCACACCAAGCGGAUGGGAUACAAGCAAGGCGCGCCUUUAAAAGUCACCGUGGAGAUCGUGAACCACUCGAGUCGCGAGGUGAAGCCCAAGUUCGUGCUGUACGAGAAGAAGAGUUACUUUGCCCAGGGUCGAAGGAAAGUUCACACUAACGAUAUCCUUAAGGACAAGGUAGACACUGUCGCCUCCUCAGGCAGAGAGACGAUCACCAAGGUGUUCACCAUCCCGAAGGAGCUGCCUCCCUCCAUCAUCAACUGCUCCAUCCUCAGGCUAGAGUACAGGCUGAAGAUCUACCUGGACAUCAAAUGUGCCAAAGACCCUACGAUCAAACUCCCCAUAAUUGUUCUACCUGAUUUUUCUCAGGAAAAACACAAGAUGGCCCCUGAUGGAUUUGGCUCUGAAACAUUUGGGAACUCAAAUCCACCGGCCUGGAGUUCCGUACCCCAACCCCUGUAUCCCCAAUCUCUGAAUCCUUUGAAUCCCCAACCCCUGUAUCCCCAACCUCUGAAUCCCCAACCCCUGUAUCCCCAACCUCUGAAUCCCCAACCCCUGUAUCCCCUGAAUCCUUUGAAUCCCCAACCCCUGUAUCCCCUGAAUCCUUUGAAUCCCCAACCCCUGAAUCCUCCGAAUCCCCAACUCCUGAAUCCUCCAAAUCCCCAACCUCAGGAUCCCCCGCCCUCCUAUGCCUACGCGAUGUACUCCUCCAUUCCUCAGUCUAAACAAUAUAGCACUAACAUGUAAAUAGCUGCCUUCAAUGUCUAAUGUGUAACAUUUAGAAAUAGAUUAAUGUCUGUAAAAUGAAAAAAGAAGACAUUUAAAAUAAGCCUUUUAUAUGUCCCUGAGACAAGGAUCUUGCUUUUCUUGUGCCAACCCAUUUCUACAGCAGCCUGGAUGGACAAACAUCCGCCAGAGCACAUGCAUGUAAUAUCUGCAGUGUUUGUAAAAAGUGAUGGUUCGCUUGGAGACUUGUCACGUGAUCUACAGGUGAGCAAAUGUGUGUAUUACUGCAUUAAAGGCACUACAAUACAGGGUGUAAAUGAUUGUGUAGGUAUUUUAAGACGGUAGUCUUGAUGUAAAACGUAAUAAUGUAAAUAUAAAUGAGACAAUAAAAUGUAAUGUAAUACUGUA